AUGCCCAUCCCCUCCACCGCCGCCGCCACCGCCUGUGCCAUGCUUGCACUCGUCUUGAGCGCGGAAGAGUCGACAUGGCUUCGUACAGCCAGGAACCCCCUGCAGGCAGAGCGGGCGCAGCAACGGCGGUCAGCCGCCAAGGUGCAGCUGGGUGCUGUGGUGUCGAUCGUGGACUCCAAUGUGGCGCCUCCCAGCCCCAUCCCCAUCGCCCAGCCAGCCGCCGGCGCCGCCAUGGAUGCUGCUGCGUCGACCCCCAUCCAGACUGGCACCACCGACGUUGCUGCCACUGUGGCAAUCGACUAUGCCAUCACUCCAGAGGCGUAAGCGCUGGGCACCCUCACAACAAGCGCGGUCCCAGCCCAGCAGGGCGCCAGAGGUUUGCACAACAAAGAGCGUGGCGGCGCUGACCAAAGCGUGCCGCCCAAGCAGCCAGCCAGCUCCGCAUGUCCCAGCGCAGCUGCCAUCCAGGGUGCCGCAAGGUACCUGCCACUCUUGAUUUUCACCCAGCCCUUUUGAUUCCCCCAAUAAGCAAUGUACGGGCUUCCCGCCAGCUUUCCAUGAGAGUUACUGCACCCUUCCUCGCGAUUACGCUUGCCUCCCCUGACAAUGAAACCCACGUAAGGCUGUUUUCAUUCUGAACGCCUGAAUGCAAUGUACACACAAGUCACUGAAAGGGCAGUCUGAUA